GGGUUAAGGUGCUGGUUUGGCCUUCAUAUUCACCAGAUCUCAAUCUAGUCAAGCAUCUAAGGGCCAAGGCGUACCUAGUGCCCUCGGCACCCCUGGUGAGGUGCUGUAUCUGCGCUCCCGCCCCCUUCCCAUACAGUUAAAUCAAGUGAUUCACAAUUGACAUUUUUUCUGAGGUUUUUUUUUUCUCUUCUCCAUACAUCGUCUUUUUCUUCUCCAUCCGCCUCAGACCAUCAUGAUGACUUCUUCCAGGCAGAUAGAUACCGAGUCAUGUUUUUGCUGUUCCAGUGGCUCCUGUGUAAAUUCGACAGACUGCGUGCCUUGUGUGUCUGGUUUUUACCAGCCACAGGGCGGGCAGGUCACAUGUCUACCAUGUCCUCAUGGAUUGUAUAGCAACACCACGGGAAGCGUAGUAUGCCAGUCAUGCCAGCCGGGAUAUUUUACAAAUGAGACUGCAUCUGUGACUUGUAUGCCAUGUGAAAAAGGUCACUUUGCAUCUGAACAAAGCGCAUUGCAGUGUGAGCCUUGUCCGGGGGGAACAUUUUGCAACACAACCUCAUGUACCCAUUGCACAGUGUGUCCUGAUGGGCAGGAAGCUCUUGAAGUUGGCUCCGUAGGGUGCGCCUUGUGUCAUCCUGGCAUGUAUAAAGGACAAGGGGAUGACCGAUGCCAGUAUUGCAACGAUGGUGAAUUUCAGAUCAACUGGGGAGCAGCAAGCUGUGAAAUAUGUCCUGUAAAUCACUAUUGUCCUAGCCCAGACAUCAAUCCUAUCACUUGUCCUGAAGACGCCUUUUGCCCUGCUGGGAGCACGGAGCCGAGUUAUUGUAUGGAGACGUUCUUGCGCAAGGAUGGAGACGUCUGUACACUGGCACCGUUCACUAUCAUGAUACUUGUUGCCUGUGCAGUUGUAAUAUUUCUCGGAGCGAUUUACAUUAUUCGAAAGCAGAAGCAGAUGUCCGAGAGGAGAAUCAUGGGUUUCGGCCCCAAAUCUCCUCUUCUAUACUCUAAGAGACCUUCUAGUUCUAUCUAUGGAAUUACUUACGAUGCAGAACCGGUCUACGCCGGUUGGUAACAUACGGGUUCCCACCCUACACCACAGACGCCCUGUUCUAUGGAUGGUGGCACGUUGCCGAUGCGUUAUAGACCACUAUCUAAACUUGACGCUGACCGGCGGCUAUUUCUAUUGACUUGAAACAACAUUGUUGGUCUCCUAUGUUUGUCUACGAGACAUUUAUUUUGUACAGUCUGUGAAUUGUCUUAAUUUAAGGUUUUUUUCUCUCGUUCUGUAGACCGGUGUUAUUUAUAGCUGUCUGUAAAGAAAUCUACUUUAAAUACGUAUGAUCGAAGGUGUGUUUUACGGCCAUGGGUUAUCCACUUAUCCAGGCCUGUUUUUUUGGUUCUAGGGGUAUUUCAGCCCUUUAAAAGGUAUCUCCUUUCCACAUGAUAGGAGAUAAGUGGUCCGACUUUUGGGGCCCCAACACUCCCUGUUCCAUGGAGUGGUAGGUCAGCGGGCACUCCAUGUAUUGUCUGAGAGUCCAGCGUUCUGGUAUCUCUUGUGUUCCCAUAGAUCAUGCCAACGCCCGUGCUCCAUGCCUCAGAAAGAG